CCUCCAAAUGCGGAAGUUGCUCUAAACUGCUUCCACCCGGUCAGAGUGAGUCUCCACGCCAAACAACACACUGCAAAUAAUCCUCUUACGCAGUUCAUCAGCCGGAGAUUUAAUCCAUCGACAUGCAUAUUAAACCAGGUACCUGGGAGUCGAACAACGCCGUGUGCGAGUCAGACACGCUGUGUGAUCCUGCCGUGCUCGUGUCUCCUCCCCAAGCUGAGCCACACAUCCGGAACCGGCGGCUCUCCCCCGGUUCUGGGAGCUGUGGCGGAGGUGGAGGAGGCUGCACUGCCAGAGUGGACACGCUUUCUCCCCAUCAGACGUCAAACAGCCCUGAUCAUGAAGGAUCUUCACAUGGAACUGCUCACACACAAUCCUUGACCAGGGAGCACAGGGCCCAGAACAGGGGCAGAGGCCCUCGGCGUGAGGGAGCCACUCAGAAACUCCACAAAUCCUCUCAGGCGCAGAAGGAGAGGUGGAUGGGAGAAACGCUGUCGUCGCUCAGACCCCCGCCCGCUUUCCCGGUCAAGGACAGCCCUGCCAAGCUGCAGCCGGCAGUCAGUUACGCCUCCAAGGUGAAGGCAGGUGGACACUCCGUGGGCGUGGCUGAAGAGCCACCUGGCAUCGGGGCUCUCCUGCAGAAUCAGUGGGGACUCAGCUUCAUCACCGACAGCCCGGCGAUGGAGAACUCCGCUUCAGUCGCCGAAGAGGUUACAGAGCCGAGUCCGCGUGUGACUGUUCAUCACGUCGCUGGAGAAAUGGUCUCUGAAAACUCGGUGGCUUUGCCGAGCCAGGGCUCAAAGGAGCCUGAGGAUUCUGCACAGCUGCUGCUCACCUGUCGCCAUCUAGUGGAAGCCGUGCAGUAUCAUACGCAAGAAUGGAGUGCAGUCUUCAUGAAACAAAAAGAAGAUCCCGUGAAGGUCGUCUGGUACACGGACUCGUCAUAGCAGCUUGCACGGCGCACGCCGGCUAAUUCACCCUCACACACUCGUACUCCAUGCACACACACACACACACACACACACACCUUCAUACACACACUAGCACAUUUACAAUUGCGCACGCACGCACGUCCACCCCACCCCCCACCCCACUUCACUCUGUGCACUCCUCCACCCCAGCUUCCCUCCCCGCGUGGUGAAAGAAACGUCUCUGAUGCAUGGAUGCCUUAAACCUUGUAGUGUGGAGAGACCUUUCCACACAUCCUUUUUCUUCUUUAUUUUAUCAUGGUGGAGAACACGGUUUACUUUUUACAGAAUAUCUUGAUCUGGCAGUUUUAUUCAAAGGGGCAGAACUUUACUUGAUUGUAGCCGUUUCUGCCCCACUGUUCUCGUUUUUUGUUCCUUAACACCCCUCCCCCAAUUAUAAAGUGUUCCUGUACUCGCAGCGAAGACCUCCAUCUGUCCAUAAUUUUAGAACUUUUCGCGUUUGCGUCCCUUACCUAUCGUGUGUAUCUUACGUGGGUGGCAUUUACAUGGGCACAGCUGGCACACUUUGUCAGCAUCAGUGCUCCAAUUUCCGUUCUUAGUGCUGUUUUUAAAAAUAUUUCCACCCUAACUUGAAUGUAAAAUGUACAAUAGAGAUCUUUUUAAAGGGGCACUGGAAGAGAUUUAAGUGAAGUGUUGCAGAAUAAAAGCAAAGUAUAAAACCAUUGUCUUUUUUUUUUUUUUUUAAAUUGUUAUUACUACAUGCAGAGAAAUGUACUUACCGAAAAAAGGGGGAUAAAACUCAGGUUAUCUUGCUACCUUUGGUUUUGAACCUUUAGUGUUUACUAAAACUUUUAAAAUUGUUUACAGUAAAUUCAAUUUUAGAGUUUUUUUGAGUAUGUUGGUGAAGUUGGCAUUUUAAGCAGGCGGUUACUUUCAGCAAAAAAUAAAUUUUGAAACGUUUUAAUAAUGUAGACGUGACGUGUUCUGUAAUCUCGAAUGUGUGUGUUCUUAAAACUACUGGAUGUAAAACAGCAUUUUAAAAAAUGCUAGAACCUUGGUGUCUAGGCUUGUCUUAGCUUUUUGCAGCUCAGCUUCUCCAGUGUCACUUUCCAUUUCUACACAUACAGUCAAUAAUCAUGGGUUAAAUUGCGUUGUGAUGUUAUGCUAAAGUAUGACGCCAGGCAGAAGACUGUUGGCUUUGUUUUAUGUAGAUAUGUGAGAUGUUCUCAGAUGUAUCUGUUUAGAUACUAAAUCCAAAAAUUGUUCAGUAACAAUCUUCAAAGCAACAAGGUUUCCCUAAAGGUCUAAAGUUUCUGAUCAAGGAUCUGAUCAAACCAUAGCUCGAAAAUUGUUUUGUUUUUGGUUAUUUGUUGCUGACUUCUUAUUAGGGAAGAAAAUAAACUCAGGAACUACACAUCA